AUAAUGGCGACGAGUUCUCGUUGGCGUACACUUUACCUGUUGACAAUCCCAAUCAGUUUAAUAUGAAAAGUCACGCGAGUUGGCAAAUUUUGAAGUGACAAUUGUGUGCUAAUGCAUUUCUGGCGAUCAAAAUCGCAAAGCUGCGCGAGAAAUCCGGAACUUUUCAUAGAAAAUUUCGGUUGCCAAGCUAUAGAGGAUGGCAGUUCGCAUUAAUCUGGAGUGUGGGCAUACGUCUAUGUUACGUGAGCGUACCACUCCUGAAGGGUAUACUCAUGAUUGGGAAGUAUUUGUGCGUGGUGAAAACAAUGCUGACAUACAGCAAUAUAUUGACAAAGUGGUAUUUCAACUGCACGAGACAUUUCCCAGACCAAAGAGGGUAUUAAGAGAACCACCUUAUAUUGUCAAGGAAUCUGGUUAUGCUGGAUUUGUUAUACCAAUAUAUGUACAUCUGAAAAACAAGGAUGAGCCAAAAAGAUUUCAGAUAAAUUAUGAUUUGGUAUUACAACAUGGACCAGCAAUAAAUAAUGUUAUUCGGCACACGCAAACCUUUUUUAAUCCUUCAGAUGACUUUAGAAGAAAGCUAUUGAAAGGUGGUGCUGUGGUAGUGUCAAACGCUAUUGGUGCUUCAGAUAAAGGAGAGUCAAAAAAUACAACUCUAAUGGUGGGUAAACCGAAAUUAAGUGGUUCUGAAGUAAAAAAACAUCGACUUCCAGAAUCUCGACCAUCGAGCUCCUUUACAGAUCUCUUUGGCACACCAAUAAAAACUGUCAAGGGUUCUCCAGACAACAAGAAAGCAUUGUCUACAGAUAAAACAACGAGUAACUUGAAACCACCUGGUGUAAAUGAGAAAUCUGAUAAACUAGAGAAGAUCUUGAAAACAAAGCACAGUCCCCACAAAGAUGGCAGAAAGGAAAAAGUUUCUGGGGAAGAAAAAAAGGAAAAAAAGGAUAAAGAUCAUGCAAAGGACAAGGAUCGUAAUAAGGAUAAAUUAAAACGACCUCCAAGUCCUGAGAAUAAAAGUAGUCAUUUAAGUCCUGGUAUUAAGAGGACGUCUUCUCCCCUUCCGAUAAAGAAACCAGCGAGUCCUAUACCUCAGCCCUUGAAAAGGCCAUCCUCACCCAGAGCCAAAGAGAAGGAAGCUAAGAAGCCUCUUAUAGACAAAGAGCGGGAUAAGGAUAAGGAAAAAAUUAAAGAUACCUCGAAAACCUUGACUGAUAGCUUGAAGAGUGAGCGUAAGAAAGACAAGAAGAAGCACAAAGAAGACAGGGAUAAGGAAAGAAAGGAGAAGCACAAGGAUAGGGAUCGCGAGAAGUCGAAAGAAGCUGCGAAGAAUUCUGAGAAGAAACCAGAAAAACUGGAAAAAUUCGAAAAAGUUGACAAGGAGAAAAACCAGGAACCGAAACCCAUGAAAGAGGGUCGAAAGUCGCCAAAGCCAUCAAAGAUAGUAGAGAAGGUUGCAGAUGAUAAGCAGGUAAAGGAGAAAGUGGAUAAAAGUGACAAGAUCGAUAAGACAAAGGAGGCUAAAAGUGAUAAGGAUCGUCCAAAGCACAAACAUAAGAAGAGAGAUAAGAAAGAUCGCAGAGAUGGUAGCAAGGAACACGAAAAAAAGGAAAAACGGGAUAAGGUUAAAUCUUCCUCAGAGAAGCAAAAUAAUCUCUCAGCCCAAUCAGCAAAUUCUCUAGCGACACUUGCAACGGAAAUUGUUGAUAGAGAUAGUAGUGAUUCAGCACCAUCCCCAGAUGACGAUUCACUAUCCGAAUCAAAACCGCUAGCUACCUUCCGUAAAGAUCCUGGAGCAACAUCGAUUCCAUCGACAGAAAUGGCGAGACCUCCGUCACCGCCGCCACCCUUAGAAGUGAAAAAAGAACGCGGUGAACGGACCAAAAAAGAUAAGUCGAAAGCUGGUCGCGCCGAGGAGCGUGAACGAAAGCGUAAACGCAGAAGCGAUAGCAAAGGAGAUGAAGAGCCAAUAAUAAAACGUGAAAAAGAUCGAGGACGAUCAACUUCACCGCCUUUGGAACCAGUGUCAUCGAGUCAGUCUCCGGUUGCCAUAGACGCAGAGUCUGUUCACCCUACAAAGGACAAAGAAGAUCGUACUGAAUCUUCCGAAGUGAUCAAGACUGAAGGUGAUGCGGAACAGGUAGCACCAGACUCUACGAACAAUGCAAUUCCUGAAUCGGAGAUGAGCGAAGCGCCUUUAGUCUUCUCCGAGGAUUACGUGUCACAAUUGAAAGAUCUUCAGCAGAAGAUUAUGACUCUUCAGGACAAUCAGGAACUUCAGAGGGUCGUGCAGGUGAUAGCGGAAACAGGACAGUACGAAAUCACCAAGAAAACGUUUGACUUUGAUCUUUGUACCCUGGACCGUAGGACGGUGCAACGAUUACAGCAGUUCUUCUCUGCUUCGUGACCAGCCAUCCCUUAAUCGAAGUAAAGUAUGGCUGACUGAUUGUGCAUGUGACCGUGUAGUGAUUCUACAGUGGCAAAAAAAUUAUGUGGUGUGUUUCCAUAGCGCGAUCUGUGAUUAUUAAUGACAGAGACAGGAAUGUCGUCUAUUCCGGGCGAGAAAAGUGGAUUCGCAUUCUUUUUGUUCGACCAACGAAGAUGACGUUUCUGCGGAUCCUAGCAUUUACCUCGGUUUUCAGCAUCGGCAGCGGCAGCAGCUCUCUAAAAAAAAACGAAAAAUCCGCGGAUCAUAGAUCUUAGGACUGUCCGGAAGUCUGUCCAGAGAAUCCAUAUAUUCGAAUCUGUUGUUCUGAAAUUUAUAUGUUGUAUUCGAGUCUUCGGUGCAUACAGUAGUACAUGCAGGCUCAUUUAUAAUUUCUUAUUUCUGCAAUGCCAAAGACAUUUUAUUUUUGACUGCACAAACCAGGAGCUUUCUUACGCGUAUAAAUAAUAUAUUAACAUCGUGCGUCUUUUUCGAUGAAUUUAUCGACAGGAUUUUGUACAGUAAAGGUGUCGGAUCGCUGUUUUUCUAAAACAGGAUAAUAAAUUUUAUAAAAAUUUCUACACAUUGGUCCAUGUGAGCGAAUAAGAUAUUAUUCUUGUAUGGCGUCCACCGAAUUUAUCAAUUACGAUGUCCAUCAGUUAUCUGUCGAUAAAGUAGAAUAUUCUUAUAAAAUGGGAAAGACUCAUUGCGCGAAAAUCUUGUAACGAUCUGCAUUACAAUUAUCGACAAUGAUUUCAUGACUCACAGAAAUUACGUUAAAUUUUUUUUUUAAGUUCGUAUGCAUGCAAGACUAGGAACUUUGGAGAGAUUUAUUGAUGAAAGUUAUCUGGUUUGUAAUAUACAAACGGAUAAUUUUGACCUCCGGUAAGAAGAGCUGCCUGGUAGAUUAUAUAUACAUACACAUAUAUAGAUAUAUAUACAUAUAUAAAAAAAGAAAGGAAGUAAUCCAAUCUCAUGAAAUUCAGAACGCCACGUAUUUAUUGUUAGUUUUCGUCAGUUAAAGUUACGACAACGCGCUCGUUAGUUCUGCAAAGCAAGCGACUAAUAAUUUAUUUAUGGUUACUGAUAAGUGAUUUGUAUUGGCGUGAACAAAUGCCGAUAAUGUAAAGGUUGUUACCGAAACUAGUGGAAGAAGCCAACUCUACACAGUUAAUUCUUAUACAAUUGGCCCAUGUAGAGUUGGAUGCGACUCAUUGCGAAAGUUCGCGAUUAAUGUUGCAUUAUCUACAGUCGGUAAAGUCAAAUGUACUACCACGUUUCUCUAUUUUUUUUUCUUUUAUCAAGAUCCCUAUUUCUUUAACGACAAAAUUUUGGUGUUUUGAUUUUUUUUUUUUCUAAUUAUAAUUAGACACGUAAUAUAAAAUAGAGAAACAUAGGUAAUCGUAAGACGGGAGAGAACACUUGCACAAAAUUCAGUUUUCAGGGGUCGACUGAAUAAUGAUUGAAUUAUUCUUUUCUCUCGCGUCACUGUAAAUAAUUGAAUAAAUUCAUAAUUAAUUGUAAAAAUCGCGCUGUACAAUUACUCGUUGUGCGACAACGAGGUGGUCUGCUAUAUUCUUGUUUUUUUUUUCUUUUCUUUUUUGAGCCUGAUCAUCUAUCACAUUGUAAAAUUGUGCCUCCAAAAUGUGCUCUUUGUGCGAAAUAUACACGUGUUCAAUCACGAAAUUCAUUCAACAA